UUAUACAUUUACAUAUGUGUUUUGACUUGUACUCUUUUGACAAUUGUUUUAAUUUAAUUUAAUCUUAUUAAAAAUAAUGUCUUCAUUAACUGUAGUGUCUAGAAAGCUGAAGUUGCUGAAACACUUAAAAUACUUAAUAUAUGUCGAUACAAAAUUUUAUGCAUCAGAUUCAAAAACUCCUAUGUACAAAGUGUUUAAUAUCUACAGAUGGAAUCCCGAAUAUCCGGAGAAGGAACCCUUUAUGCAAGAUUACACAAUCGACCUAAAUGAUUGCUCACCUAUGGUACUAGACGCACUGAUAAAAAUUAAGAAUGAACAGGAUCCAACGCUGACAUUUAGGAGAUCGUGUCGAGAAGGUAUUUGUGGAUCAUGUUCCAUGAACAUGGACGGCGUGAAUGGCUUGGCAUGCAUUAAAGGCAUAGAUCGUGAUAUUUCAAAGCCUUGUAAAAUAUACCCCUUACCUCAUAUGUAUGUCAUCAAGGAUUUAGUCGUAGAUAUGAACAACUUUUACAGGCAAUACAAUAGUAUAGAACCAUGGCUUAAACAAAAAAAACCAGUCACCCUCGGGAAAGAGCAAUUCUUACAGAGCAUAAAGGAUCGAGACAAACUGGAUGGUCUUUACGAGUGCAUAUUGUGUGCAUGUUGUUCGACAUCAUGCCCGAGUUAUUGGUGGAAUUCGGACAAGUUUUUGGGACCAGCCGCGAUCAUGCAAUCCUACAGGUGGAUUAUCGAUAGCAGGGACGAUUUUGCUAAAGAAAGAUUGAAAAAGUUAAAAGACGCACAUUCGGUCUUCAGAUGCCAUAGUAUUUUAAAUUGUACAAAUUGUUGUCCGAAGGAACUAAAUCCAGCUAAAGCGAUUGCUUUGACGCGGAAGCUCGUCGCCGGCGUAUCCAAGAAGCCCAAGUCCCAAAUGAAAGUUACUGGACUCCACAAAUAACAGUCCCUUAUUGUAUAGUUAUAAAAUUAAACAAAAUUUUUUAUCAACACCUGUACUUUUAAACAAAAAUAUACGUACCUAUAUUUGUAGAG